CUCCCGAAGCGCGGCAAUCAGAGAUGCGCUGUGUCCCUUGGACACAGCGGAUCACCGAUCCACGGAAAGAGCCAAAGAUGUCGGCUUGGUCAUGUGAUCAGCUGGGUCCAAUCACAGCUGAUCACAUGGGAUAUGUACACUGAUCAUCAGAGCACUGAUGAUCAGUGUGCCCUGAUGAUCAGUGUAGCCCCAGCAGUGCCACCUGUCAGUGUCUAUCAGUGCCAGCUGUCAGUGCUCAUCAGUGCCACGUGCCAGUGCCCAUCAGUGCCACAUCAAUGCCACAUAUCAGUGCCUACCAGUGCACAUGAAUGCCACAUAUCAGUGCCACCUAUUAAUGCCAAUCAGUGCCACCUAUCAGUGCUGCCAAUCAGUGCCGCCUAUCAGUGCGCAUCAGUGCCGCCUCUCAGUGCCAGUCAG